AUGGGCAGUGUAGCUCUGUGCAGAUCCUUUGGCUCACCAGCAAAUCCUGUGCUGGUCAAGAAGGGGCGGCAACAAGUCGAUCCAAAGGAGCGAGCCAGACAGAACAUGGGAAAAGUCCGAGCUGUCAGGCGCAAAUUGGCACAGUUCUUCAACUGGCGUGUGAGCGUCACCUUGACCGAUGGCCGAGUGUUGGUCGGUGUCCUCAUGGCUGUAGACAGGCAUGUGAAUAUCGUUCUCUGCAACACUGAGGAAUAUCGCAAGUACAAGGUCAAGGGCAAGCCGGAGGGUAAAGAGCUCAAGAGGAUGCUGGGCUUCAUAGUGGUCCGCGGGACCGGCAUUCUCUACAUCCAGCCAGAGGAACUUGGCAAGGAGGACUUGGUUGAAACGGACAAGCCGCGCAAGAAGGCAACCCCUGCAGCCACUCCGGCUGCCAAGCCUGCCCCAGCGGCAAAGGCUCCAGCAGCCCCAGCACUGAACGCAGCCGCACUUCUCGCGGGUAUGCGGCCACCCAUGCUGAACCCCUUGUUGGCAGCGGGGCUCCGACCUGGUGGCCUUCCUGGACUCCCAGGCAUGCCAGGGUUGCCAGGGAUGCCGAGUAUGGGCUUGCCGAACAUGGGAGCAAUGCCCGGUGCCGGCCGCGGAAUGCCGAGCAUGCCUGGAAUGCCUGGCAUGCCGAGGCCAAUGUGA